AUGUUUACAAACAUUGGAAAGACGUUUUCAAUAAUCAAUGCUCACCACACAACUUUCUCUUCAUUAAAACGGCAGUUUGCUAUAAAUAAGACAAUACUGUCUAAAGAGGCAAUGCUGUCACAAACUUCUCAUAAUCAGUCAACAUCAUCGUCAUUAACGACUUCCAUUAGUAAUCAAGAUCAUAUUGAAGACGCUAUCAAUAAAUGUUUAAAAUAUUAUGCGGUAGAAGAUGCACUUGUACUUGCUGAAGCUUAUUUUGCAAAAGUUAAAUCAAAUAGCGCUCUUUGUUUACUAGUUCAUUGUUAUAUACAAAAAAACCAAUAUCAUUCUGCAUUCAAGUUACUUGAAGAUCAACAAUCUAGAUUUAACGACAGGUUAUAUUGUCCAGAAACAAGAUUUUUACAUGCCAAAUGUGCUUAUAAAAUGGGUAAAAAUGAUAUUGCCGAGUUUGCACUAAAGGACGAUAAGUCAUCAGAAACUGAAAUUCAUCUUCACAGUUGUUUCAAUAAUUCAGAAUCUCGUCCUUUUGCUCAUGCUUUACUUGCUCAAAUUCUCAGGGAGUCAGGUAGACAUAGUGCAGCUUUAGUUGUGUGGGAAUCAGGAAUGAAACAAUAUCCAGUUCUAUGGUCAUCUAUAAAAGAUUAUUGUGAUGUUGGUGGAGGAAGUGUACGUAAAAAGUUAGCUGCUAGUGUUUGUAGUAAUAUAGAAACAAAACGUGCACGUUUUGAUUGUCCACCAUCUAUCUCAACAGAAUCUCUUGAUGUCAAGGAAGAGUGUAUUGAGACGACUCCUGUGAAUAAUGGUAAAGCCCCAACUAUUUUAAUGGUAGCUCCAAAAAAAGCGGGUAGACGUAAAAGCACAACUCCUUGUAGUGCUAAUAGCAAAAAUGUUAGUGUUGAAGGACGAGUAGAAAUUAGACGUAGCCAAAGAUUAUUGCAAACACAUGGGAAUGAAAAUUUAAAUAGAGAACGUAUUGUUAAUGGAAGAUCAGGUUCGAGUACAUCAAUGCCUAGAAUGAAUAUGUCAUCAGAAAUUACACCAAAUAACAAAAAAUUGCCUUCAAUUAAAAAACUUAGAAAUUGGAAAAUGCAGAGUAGUCCUGAAAAUAAUCUUAAUAGUCCUGAAGUAAUGGAAGUUGAAGGAACAAGAAAAUCAAAAAGGUCUGCUCAAAUUCAUAAUCCAUUAUCAUUAGUUAAUCGGACGAAUUCAGAAGUAGCACAAGCUUCUUUAUCUGAUUCAACAACAUCACUAGCCUCUAAUACCUCAUCAUGUAUUAAAAGUGAUGAAGGCAAUGAUUUUGUUGAUAGUGGCGGUGAAGAUAGAGAUGAAAAUUAUGAUUGUAUUGAAGAUAGAAUGAAAGAAGAAUUGUUAAAAACAACUUCACCUUUAUAUUUUGAUAUUCUUAAUUGGAUUUGUAAGAUGUCAGAAAUUCAAGAAUGUUUAUCUGGUUAUUUAUGUCAGGAUGCUUUGGAAAGAUUAGAUGAAAUUCCAGGAGAAUUUCAAACAAAUCCUUUAGUUUUGGAACUUCGUGCAAGAGCUUUAUUUGAACGUGGAGAUUACAAGUCAGCAGCAGAAAUUUUUCAAACAUUACGAGAAUUAUAUCCACAUCGAUUAGAUGGAAUGGAAGUUUUAUCUACAGCACUUUGGCAUCUUCAAGAUGCUUCUAAACUUUCUGCAUUGGCUAAUGAAUUAGUUAAAGAAAAUAGAACUAGUGCUAUUGCAUGGUGUGUUGCUGGUAAUUGUUUUAGUGUACAAAAAUUACAUGAAACAGCAAUUGAAUGUUUACAAAGAUCUAUAAUUUUAAAUCCAAGAUUUGCGUAUGCAUAUUCUGUACUAGGGCAUGAAUUAAUUGAUAUUGAUAAAUUAGAUGAUGCUAUAAGAUGUUUUAGGAAAGCAAUUACACUUGCUCCAAAAGAUUAUAGGGCAUAUUUUGGUAUGGGAAUGAUAUAUCAAAUGAAAGAAAAUUAUCCUGUAGCUUUGACUAAUUUUGAAAAAGCUGUAGCUUGUAAUCCAAGUAAUACAAAAUUACUUUGUCAAUUAGGAGUUUGUGAACAAGCACUGCGGCGCAAUGAUCAGGCUUUGAAAAAAUUUGAUGACGCUCUAAAAAUAAAUCCAAAUGAUAUAGCAACUAAAUUUCAUAAAGCACGCCUUCUUUAUGAAACUAAAGAAUACGAAAAAUCUCUUGAAGUUCUUAAAGAUUUAAAACUUUCAUCACCUAAUGAAGCACAAAUUUUCUUUUUACUUGGCCAUGUAUAUAAAAAAUUGGGGGAAGAACAUAUGUCAAAUACAUAUUUUAACUGGGCUAGUGAUAUUGAUCCUCGAGGAGAACAAUCUAAACCAUUAUUUGGUUCAGUUCGCAAUACUAUUGAUGAUGAACAGGAUGGAGAACCAGAAAGUAUAGAUGAAGUACUAAAUGAGCCCGUUCCUUCACUAUUAUAA